AUGAGUUCCAAGUUCAUCAUCGAUAGCAUGCUCCCCAAAUACCACCAGCAGUUCCAUCAUCAGAACUUAUUCGCGGGUGCCGGGACAUCGCCUAUAGAGGCGUCGCUUUCAUCGUCCUUAUCGUCGUCGCUCUCGACGUCGUUAUCUUCAUCGUUAUCUGGCGGUCUGGGAGCAGCAGCUUUGGGAGCGGGCUCUCCGGGUGCCGGAAGCCCGCAACGGUCUUCGUCUUCAUCAUCGGCAUCGCCAGGAGCGCCGGCAAGGAUGUAUCCGUACGUGUCGCACCACCAGCAGUUCGGAGGGUCAGUGCCGUUUCCCACGGGGACUGGACUGUCAGCGGAUGACAAGAGUUGUCGGUACCCUACGGCAGUGGGUGGCGACCCGAUGGUGAAUUAUGCGCUGGGUCAGCACAACGGUGGCGCGGCUGUGUCGGCAGCAUCAGCUAGUAUGGCAGCAGCGGCUCAGUUCUACCAUCAAGCAGCGGCAUCAGCGGCGUCUGCAGCUUCAGCAGCUUCAGUAGACGCGAUGGGUGCAGCCUGCUCCCAACCUUCAGCGCAGCCUCUGCCUGACAUACCACGCUACCCCUGGAUGUCCAUUACUGGUAACUGUUUAUGA